AUGGAGGGAAAACAUACUGAAGCAUUCCAGUUGUCGGAAGUUGUAAGAUCAUCACAAAGUAAAACGAGGAGGCAGAGGACAUGUUUGCUAGACUCGCAAUGGAGAAUGCGGUUGGAGUUCACUAUUCUGCUGGUGAUGAUUGUGAUUGUGUGGGGUCUCUUUUCACUACCAAUUGUGUUUUACUAUGACUCUUCUUCAAAGUCGCAGCACGCAUCACGGAUUGAUUCAACCACGCACUUCAAGAGUGCGAAGCGGAAAACCAUGGUCAAGCAGGAGCAGACCUGCAGGUUCAGCAAUAGAUAG